AUGUCUUUUGCCUGGAUAUCGAUACAAAAUCGAAUUCAACAUUUUUCCACCAUAAUUUCGUUUUUUCUGAAUUCCGUAAUGAUUUAUUUGAUUGUGAUUUUUUCGCCGAAAAAAAUUGGGACCUAUAAAUAUUUGAUGAUAUAUAUUUCAUUUUUUCAAAUGUUCUAUUCGAUUAUGGAUGUCAUUUCUUUGCCGGUCUACCAUACUGUAUCCUCUGUCUUUGUAGUCUUCAAAGACAUCCAUGAGGAAGAUUAUAUUCCAGUAUGGGUCCAUUAUUGGCUUCUCGUCGUCUACACCGGAUGUUAUGGUUUUUGUAUGGGCAUUUUUGGAAUUCAUUUCUUUUACAGAUUCUUAGCAAUAUAUGGCCAUUCCAAAAUUCUCAAGACUUUCGACACCUGGAAAUUGUUCCUUUGGCUCUUAAUUCCCCCAAUUUUCGCGUUCAUUUGGGCAAUUACAGUAGGCAUCUGCUUCGCGCCGACUCCAGAAACUUCUCUGGAGAUUCAGCAGAGUAUUCUGGAAUCCUAUGAUCUGAAAAUCGAUCAAAUUGUGUACAUUGCCGCGUUCAUAUGGCCUAAAAACCCAGGAACCGGAAGAAAGCAACUAAAUUUGCGGCCAGCGAUUGGGAUAGGGAUAGAGGAGCUGAUAGUGGUUUCCUCACUCUCUGCGAUUUUUUAUUUUGGGUCUCGAUGCUAUUACAAGAUACAGGAACAUAUGAAAGUGGCGAUUUCAGUCAGUAAGAUUACGAAAAAUUUGCAUAGACAACUUUUCUAUGCUCUUGUAAUGCAGACUGUCAUUCCACUCCUCCUUCUUCACAUCCCUGUUUCCGGCCUUUUUAUGUUCCCAAUUCUAGAUUCAGAUUUGGGAUUUUUGACUGGCUUCGUCACUAUCACUAUAGCCAUAUACCCUGCUAUUGACCCCCUACCAACCAUGUUCAUCAUUGAAAAUUAUCGAAAAGCAAUUUUCGGUUUUUUU